AAUCUCUGAAGUUUCACUGAAGGUUCACAUUUUAGCAUCCAUCAAAGGAAAAAAUCUAACAACAAAGCACUACUUACAAGAUUGCAAGAAGAUGAAAUUGGUAACCAAUGGCAGGACAGACUGGAGAUUCAAAAAAGACAAAAAAAAUGAUCAACAAAUAAUAGAAGACCUAACAUGCAUAAAUACAAUACUAAACCAGCAAAUAGAAUUUCAUAACCAAAACCAAACCUAAACAAUUGUAAAACCAACCAUCCCCUCCCAAUCCCCUCCCAUUACCUGUACACAGGAAAAAAUACUGUAGUCCACAGUAUAGAAACCUCUAGCAAGUGUUCCACCCAAACGAAAAAAUAUAUUUUGCUCAAUAAAUGUUUGUUGAAGUUUUGUUUUUUCAUUUUGAUUUCUUUUGUUUUAUUUUAAUUAGUUGAAUUGAACUGUGGAUUAAUGUUUUCAAAGAAGAAAAAACGACCUACUAUCUCAGCUCCAACUAACUUUGAGCAUCGUGUUCACACUGGAUUCGACCGACGGGAAGGCAAAUUUGUCGGCUUACCUCCUCAAUGGACAAGCCUAAUUCAAGGUGCACCUACAACUCCUGCAGCUUCAAAUAAUGUGACACCAACUAUUGUUCGUCCCAAAACAUCUCCUAACCAUCAACAAUUACAUUUGAGCCAAUAUUCAUUGAACUCAAAUGGCAUGUCAUCGUCAAAACCAGUGUCUCCACAGCCAACACCAAUACCAUUCCAACAGCCAUUCCAAUCACAUCAACCACAACAGCUACAGCAUCAACAAUUGCUUCUACAACAGAUCCAUCAAUCUCCAAAUCAACACCCACAACAACAGUACAUGCAACUACAACAGCAAUUAGAUCUUACUCAACAACUUCUCCAACUUCAGCAAUUCCAACAACAAAAUGAAGCACAACCACAACAUGCUUUGCAUCAAUCACAACUUCAGCAUCAACAGCAACAACAACAGCAACUGUCACAGCAACAGCAGCUACAACUACAACAACAACGACAAUUGCAACAGCAACAAGCACAGCAACAGCAGCUUCAUCAACAACUUCAACAACAACAACAACAGCAACUUCAUCAACAGCUUCAUCAACAACUUCAACAGCAGCAGCAACAGCAAAAACAGCAACAAGCACAGCAACAAGCACAACAACAAGCUCAGCAACAAGCGCAACAACAAGCGCAGCAACAAGCACAGCAAGCACAACAACAACAGCAAGCACAACAACAACAGCAAGCACAGCAACAACAACAACAACAACAACAACAACUUCAACAGCAGCAACAACAGCUUCAACAACAACAAACACAGCAACAAAUCAAUCAACAAGCAAUUCAAUUUCUUCGACAAUCUCCUGGGCAGGAAAACAUGCAAGUGACAACAUUGCAAAAGGAUAGCAACCGAGAUUUUCAACAGAGACUUUCUCAAGAACAGUUUCGUGCCGCUUUACAAAUGGUUGUUAGUCCAGGCGACCCUAGAGAGAAUUUAGAAAAUUUUGUUUUGAUUGGUACAGGAUCAACGGGUCAAGUUUGUAUAGCUACUCAAAAAACAACUGGUAAACUUGUUGCUGUUAAAAAAAUGGAUCUACGGAAGCAACAACGACGUGAAUUAUUAUUUAAUGAAGUUGUAAUAAUGAGAGACUAUCAUCAUCCUAAUAUAGUUGAAAUGUAUGAUUCGUAUCUUGUCAACGAAGAACUAUGGGUUAUUAUGGAGUUUUUAGAAGGUGGUGCUCUUACUGAUAUUGUCACUCAAUCAAGAAUGGAUGAAGAUCAAAUCGCAACUGUCUGUAUGCAAUGUCUCAAAGCAUUGGCAUUCCUACAUUCCCAAGGAGUUAUUCAUAGAGAUAUUAAAAGUGAUUCCAUUUUAUUAGCUGCUGAUGGAAAAAUUAAACUUUCUGAUUUUGGUUUUUGUGCCCAAGUGUCACCUGAAGUUCCUAAACGUAAAUCUCUUGUGGGAACUCCAUAUUGGAUGGCACCAGAAGUAAUUUCACGACAACCCUAUGGGACAGAAGUUGAUAUUUGGUCUCUCGGAAUAAUGGUCAUUGAAAUGGUUGACGGAGAACCACCGCUUUUCGAUGAACCUCCAUUGCCUGCAAUGAGACGCAUAAGGGAUAUGGAACCUCCUAAAUUAAAGAAUGCUCUUAAGGUCUCACCUCAGCUACAAAAUUUCUUGGAUAAAAUGUUGGUCCGUGAUCCAGCGCAAAGAGCAACUGCCGAAGAGCUAUUACAGCAUCCAUUCCUAAAUCAAGCUGGACCUCCAUCAUUAUUAGUGCCUUUGAUGCGUUCCUUUCGCUUAAGUCCAUGCUGUGUUAGAGAUGGUUAAAGUGUUGGAAUCUUCAAUUCAAUUGUUGACCCUUUUUUCCUUUACGCCUUCUUCGAUAGUCUUUCCAUCUCAAAUAAUGAUCUUUGACUUUCUUUUUUCAUACUAACAAUGGAGAGAAAAUAAUCUCAAUUAACGUAAUUAGUGACUUUCAAUGACAAAACUUAUAUGAAUCAAAAUAUGAUUAACUUUUAACAGCUAUUUAAUUUGAAUAUAAAAACGAGUGGAAAGCUCUUAGACAAUUCCAAUCAAGUAAAUAUGAGAAUCAAUAGGGAUUGUAAAAAACUCGUUUCGCCCAGUUUUUAUGAUUAGCGUACUGUGAAUAUUAAUUGUUUAUUGACAAAGACAUAUAAUCCGUCCGAUUAAGUCCAACCUUUAUAAGUCGCCUUACAAAUAUUUACAGCAAGUGCCUUCAGCAACAAUGCAUUUCAAUUGCCUGGUUAAUGAUUUGAAAUAGUAAAACUUAUCAAUCAUUUAUUCAUGUUUUUUAGUAAAAUUUGUUGUUAGUAUUUUAGUUCAUUUUCUUACCUUCAACAGAUUGUUUAAUAAUCUCGAUUAUUGCUCUCCUUUUAUCGUUAACUUGGAUGUCUCUGCAUUUAGCUGUUUAUGCUGUUAUAAACUACUUAUAAUAAUUAAUUUGGUUUAUUUUAAAUUGUUACUCUUUCUAAGGUUCUUCUAGCUUUUCAUCAACAAAUCGAUAUCAAAAUCUCACCUAAAUCAUGCAUUUACUAUAAGAAUCUCUUUUAUAAUAUUUUAUUGCACACACUAAAUGAAUUUCAUAUUUUUUAUGCUCUACUCACAGGAUAGUACAAUCAGUAUACAAUCAAAUUUGGCAAAAACAAAGUAUCAAACGGUUUAAAGAAUGAAGAUCCUGAUUGAUUCACCAUUUACCUGAACAAUUUACUUUUUAAAGCUAUUGCGUCUUUAACGAUCAAAACUUCAACUUGAAUGACAGUUAUUAAUUUCAAUAGAACCGUCAAUAAUUAAUGUGAUUAAUUGUCACGGUUGAACAAAUGAUAUUCAACAGUUAAAACAUCUCAUUCUCUAAGUCAACAGUUUCUCAGAAGCCAAUAUUUACUGUCAAAUCUGAUUGAUACAGCUUUGUAUGAUUCCUUUGAAAUUUACAUGGAUCUUUUUAACAAUUUAAUUUUACAAAUGAAUCUGCAUUCAAUUGUUACCAAACAAUUUUUUAAUCAUGUAAGUCUGUUGAUUAACAAAAAUGUAACACCAACAAUGCAUCAAAUUUUACUAACCUUCCUACUAAUUUUGAUUCCCACUUUGCUCUUACAUUCUGAGAAAUAAAGCUUUUGAUUUA